AUGUUGUUGCAGAGUUUUAAGGCCCUUAGGGCUACGAGAAGCAGCCUUAUAAGUACUCCAAUAAUACAAACAGCCGGGUACAAGACACAAUAUUUGGGCCAGAAAGUGGUUAAGGUGUAUCAGCCAUUGCCCAAGUUAAGAGAAGGAACACCAUUGAUGAAGUACGUUAAGGAGAACCAAUACAAGAAGUUGGAUCCAAAUGGUGUGAAAAAGAGUUUGUUGGACAAGUCAAAUCCAAGCUUGUUACGUUCGGGAGAUAUCGUUCGUAUUACCUAUAAUAAUAAACAGCCACCUUUAGUUGGUAUGGUAAUUGCUGUCAAGAGAAACGGCUGUGACUCCAACAUCCUACUUAGGAACUCUUAUGCUAAACUCGGAGUGGAGAUCAGAGUGCCUAUUUUCAACCCUGUGAUCGAAAGAGUUGAUAUUCUGAAGAGACCUACGAAGUACAGAUCGAGAAACAAGUUGUAUUAUAUCAGAGGUACCAAGUUGGAUGUCACUGAUAUCGAAUCGUCAUUGAAGAAGCAGCAAAGAAGAUCAAACUAG